GGCAAAAGAUGGGUGGGUCACCACGUGGCAGAGAUUGUGAAGUAUUGAUUAGCAAUGGCUGCAAUAAAAUCCCUAAAUCCCAAGGCAGAGGUCGCCAGAGCUGCUCAAGCACUUCAAGUGAACAUCUCAGCUGCCAGAGGUCUGCAAGAUGUGCUCAGGACAAACCUGGGACCCAAGGGAACCAUGAAAAUGCUUGUGUCUGGAGCUGGAGACAUUAAACUGACCAAAGACGGCAACGUCUUGCUCCAUGAAAUGCAAAUCCAACACCCCACAGCUUCACUGAUUGCAAGAGUAGCCACGGCCCAGGAUGACAUCACGGGAGAUGGUACCACCUCCAAUGUGCUGAUUAUCGGAGAGUUGCUGAAGCAAGCCGACCUCUAUGUCUCUGAGGGACUCCACCCGAGGAUCAUCACUGAGGGAUUUGAGAAGGCUAAGGGAAAAGCUCUCCAGGUAUUGGAGAGUGUGAAGGUCUCCAAGGAGAUGGACAGGGAGACACUCAUCUGUGUGGCCAGGACCUCUCUCUGCACCAAGCUAUCCAAACAAGUGGCAACCAUUCUCACUGAGGUGGUGGUUGAUGCAGUGUUGGCUGUGCAGCGUGGUCCCAACGUGCCCAUUGACCUGCACAUGGUCGAGAUCAUGCAGAUGAUGCACAGGACUGACACUGACACCAAACUGGUGAGGGGUCUGGUGAUGGACCACGGAUCAAGACAUCCCGACAUGCCCAAGAGAGUGGAGAACUCGUUCAUCCUCACAUGCAACGUAUCCUUGGAGUACGAGAAAACCGAGGUGAACUCUGGGUUCUUCUAUAAGACAGCCGCUGAGAGAGAGAAGUUGGUCGAUGCCGAGAGGAAGUUCAUCGAUGAUAGAGUACGAAAGGUCAUCAAGCUUAAGAAAGAGGUGUGUGGGGACAGUGACAAGACGUUUAUUGUCAUCAACCAGAAGGGCAUAGACCCGAUCUCCCUGGACAUGCUGGCAAGGGAGGGCAUCAUGGCUCUGAGGAGGGCCAAGAGGAGAAACAUGGAGAGGCUAACUCUGGCUUGUGGUGGAGUAGCUAUGAACUCUCUUGAUGACCUCACUCCCGACUGUCUGGGACACGCUGGUGUCGUCUAUGAGCAUGUGCUGGGUGAGGACAAGUACACUUUUGUGGAGGACGUGGACAAUCCUCAGUCUGUCACUAUCCUAGUCAAAGGUCCCAACAAGCACACCCUCACCCAGAUCAAGGACGCUAUCCACGACGGUUUGAGGGCAGUAAAGAACGCCAUAGAAGAUGGUUCUGUCGUACCAGGGGGUGGGGCAUUCGAGGUGGUAGCCAACUAUGAGCUGAUGUCAGCAGAAUUUCUCAAUUCUGUUCAGGGGAGGGCUAAAUUUGGAGUUAAGGCUUUCGCCGAGGCUCUUAUGAUUAUCCCUAAGGCUCUUGCUCGGAACUCUGGCUUUGACCCUCAAGACAGUAUAAUCAAGCUUCAGGAGGAAUAUGUGAAGACUGGUCAGCCUGUGGGUCUGGAUGUGUCAAGUGGAGAGGCCAUGCUGCCCUCUGAGGAGGGGAUAUUUGACAACUACAGAGUCAAGAAGACACUACUACACUCAUGCACGACCAUUGCUGAGAACCUGCUGCUGGUGGAUGAGAUCAUGAAGGCUGGGAUGUCCUCACUUAAAGGAGACUAGAACUAUACUCUUUAAUCAACUAACAGUACUAGCUGCUUAUAGCAUGACUCUAUUUAGUAAAGAAAUUAUUAUUAUUAUUCAUGUAUUGUUGAAAGUUUAAUUAUCACAAUGAAGUUAAUUUUAAUUGACAAA